CGCUGAAUCACUCACAUAUGAAGAUCUAUACUUCAACUACCAGGUCCGAGACGGUCGAAGCAGAUCUAACCUUUGUCGCGGCAUCAACCUCCCGUCACACAAGCUCAAGCAUCCGCGAAGAGCCCUUUUCAUUCUUUUCUACUUCCACAACCGCACGCGGAAUAUUCCACAGUAUUCCCUUGGUUACGUGAUGCCGUCCGUACAGCAGGCCAGCACAGACUCGGCGACCGCCUCUGAAGCUCCUUCCCACCUCCUGCUCGCCUUUCUGCAAUCGCAGUCGCAAAACACCCUGACACGCCUCUAUCAGCGUCCGUCUUCAUGUUUAUCCAUAUUCAGGCUUUUGGGCCCGCUCGAGAGGCAGAUUGUGAUGAAUCUCUUGUGGCUCGAAUCAUCGAUACCAGCGUCGACCAUGGCCACAUGGGUGCCUCAUGAGGUCAGAAAGACGUAUGAGAACUCCCUGUCGAUCCUGUCGCGGCUUCACAUACUGCCUCAAUCUGCAGUAAAGCUGGCCCUGAACCCAACAUUCAAAACGAGUCUAAGACAUGCUAUCAUUGGCGGGGGUAGUAGCGGUAGCUUUGGCGUACCUGCGACCCGGGAUGAGAAGCACUCUUCGCCUUCCAUUGAAGUGUUGGAUGCCUAUGCCCUUGAACGUUGGGAGACGAUCCUGCAUUAUAUGGUCUCUUCUGGCAUUGCGACACGACCCUCGCAGGGCGUUCUGUUCCUGCUUCAGAGAAGCGGUCUCAUGGCUAGCAUCCACGGUGGUUCUCUACAAAUCACGUCACUUGGAUUCCAGUUCUUACUCCACUCGCCGCACGCGCAACUAUGGGAAUUACUGCUGCAAUACCUACACAUGGUCGAGGAGCGGCAGAUGGACCUUGUCGAGGUGCUCAGUUUCCUAUUCAUGCUGUCUACCAUGGAGCUUGGCCGGGAAUACUCCGUCGAGCACUUGAGUCCAACUCAAACCGCAAUGCUCGAGGAUCUCCGCGAUUACGGCAUCAUCUGGCAGCGUAGGGCAACGUCGAAGCGAUUUUGCCCAACACGGCUGGCGACGACGCUGACUUCCUCCUCACCCCCGCUUCCAGCUGCGGGGGGCGUAUCCGCAAGCGCACAUGGCCAAGGCUUCAUUAUCCUGGAAACGAACUACCGCUUAUACGCCUACACGGAUAACCCUUUGCAGAUAGCUGUACUCAAUCUCUUCGUGACACUGAAGUCGCGGUAUCCGAAUCUGGUUGUCGGGGCUAUCACACGUGAGAGCGUGAAGAAGGCUCUUACCAAUGGCAUUACCGCCGAUCAGGCGAGUCGACAGAUCAUCAGUUAUCUCACGACACAUGCGCACCCGCAAAUGCGCAAGAACAAACCGCUACUUCCUGUGACCGUGCAAGAUCAGAUACGUCUCUGGGAGCUGGAGAAGAACAGGAUGAAGUCACAGGAAGGCUAUUUGUACACGGCCUUCGCGUCACAGGCUGAUUAUGAAUACGUAUUGAACUACGCGAAGCAGUUAGGCGUCGUGCUAUGGGAAAGCUCAGGUCGGCGGUGUUUCUUCGGCACCCUGGAGGGGCAUCCGAACAUCCGAGGGUUUAUCGAGAGGAGGACGGCCGGCAAUGCUUAAUGUGUGCUCUUGUUACUGUGUUCUCUAAGCUCCACUUCGGAUGUGACAAAAUCAAACUCGGAUACGUUGAAUUGAUAGCGGGCCUGGGCUCCCGCCGCUCCGGAACAAGGCUCUAUAUACAUACUAACAGAUACUAACACACUCGAGCCUGCAGUGCUAUCGCUACAGUCAAAUUAAAUAGGGAUGACGGGGCAUCAGAAGGGAGAGCGAGAAUAGAAAUCGUACGUACAUCCAGUUCUUGUAGAGCGUACUAGACUACACAGCUGACGAUGGAAAGUCCUGGGCUCAACCUGGGUCACGACGGUUCUCCAUAUACUUGACCAGUAGAGAAACUGGACCGAUGCCCUGAGGCAGUCCGGUGUGAAUGCUCUCGGUGUGCAGAAGUCUGAUAUCCCACGCUGGCGCCGUGACCGUCCCAGCUCCACGAGGAAGCGAUACCGGUCGUGCGUGCAGGGGUGGACAUACCCGGGCUUUGAGGUCGAAGUCCGAGUGACGCAAGCGGCGGCUGUCCGAGCACGGCCGCAGAGUUUUCCGGAGGCCACCCUGUGGACACGUCGCCCAAACGGGCGCGAGAGGACACGCCCGUGCCGCGCAGUUCCCAUGUGCCCUCCUCGGGCGACGAGCCUGGCUGAGGCGCCGAGUGUCGCGCGUGGGGCGAGUACUCGGUCGGAGAAGACGGGUUGAAUUGAUGGUACGGCCCCGUCUGCCACGGCGAAGACGGGGGCGAGAGGGAUUGGUCCAUCCCGUGCGCGUAGUAGUUCCGAGACGAGUGUGGGGGGAUGCCCGAGUGCAAAUCGGCCUGCUGAUGCUCUGCCCCCGAGUAGGCUGGAUUGUAGAAGCCAGCAGGAGGAGGAGAAGCGAAUGAGGCUUGGGAGAACGCCGAAGAGUCCUCGCUCAGGAUGGAUCGUGACUUAUUCACCCUCUCGACAGGGCUCGGGCUCUCUGAAGGUUCCUGGUUAUCUUCUGAGUCGCGACUGAAGGGCAUCGGCGGUCAGAGGGCGAUGCGACCC